AUGCGCCGCAUCGAACAUUUUAUCGCGCACUUUGUGCGCAAUGCACAGAGCCGGUCGCCGCGUUCCAUGACGCUCGGCGCGCCGCGCAGCCGUAUGCGUGGCGCAUCGGUGCAGUGGCCCUUUCCUGCGCGUCACGCCGACCGUGUACAGCACUGGGCACAGUUUCUGCGUGUGCUGUCCUAUAUGCAUACCGCAGUGCGCUCGGAUGCCAUCCUCUCGAAACGCGAGAUCUACUACCGCGAUCCUUCGCUGUUUGGGUCGCAGCGCACGGUUGAUUCGAUGAUUGCACGCGCGUGCAUGACGCUCAACCUGUCGCGCGCGGCGCUCAGUGUAUGUGCGACGCCGCGCAGCGUUGUGUGGGGCCCCAUUGGCUUUGGCGGCCAAGCGCAACUUGCCGAGCAGACGAUUCCAGACCCCGCCCAUGUAUCGUCUCUGGUGAGUAGCGCGGAGUGGAUCGUUAUUGUCGAGAAGCAUGCAGUGUACCAGACGCUGCGCACGAUCGACUUUUUGGGGCAGGUCGGCGGGCACCUGCCGCCCGGCGCCGUGGUCACUGGAAAGGGAUAUCCAGACCAUGCGACGCGCUGGAUGCUUGGCGAGCUUGCGCGGCACGCAUCGUCUACGCAUCUCUUGUUCUUGGUGGACAGCGACCCCCACGGCGUGGACAUCUUUCGCACGUAUCAAGACGCGCUGCCCUCGAGCGCCCAGGUGCACUGGAGCGGUCUGCGCGCGCGGCAGUGGCUGCGCCUGCAGAUGGCGCAUGCCAUUCCCACGAUGCCGCUUACGCGUGCGGACCGUGCCAAGGCCAAGAGCAUGCUCUAG